GUCGGACAAGCAAACAGUUCGUGCAUGUCGAAAUUUUAAGUCUUCGUAGUGUUCAGUAGUAACACGUAGUUCGUAGUCUUCGUAGUAACAACUUUCGUUCUCGUGGGAUCUUAAAUUUUAAGAACGUGAGCCUUUGCGCUCUUGCGCAGCAUCGUUCUUUGCCAAUAUACAUUAUCGUGUGGUGCCUGAUAAGGAUUAAGGACAUCGCUUCGAUUUACAUUCUUGACUGAAAAUUCUAUAAAGCCUGCAAAUUUAAUCAUCUACUACCUUGGAGAAGAUAAUGAGGAAACAUAUUGAUAACGUUCAACCGGCAACGGUAAAGGAACAUUAUGAUUUAAUAAUGAAUGAUGUCAGCGAAAUUGACUAUGAACAUUACGAAGUAACACCCAAAGAUUUACCAGACUGGUAUGACGAAAAGUUGUGCAAACUGUCUCAAGAUUUUUGUCUGCGGAACAUAUUUUCUUUUAUAACUGCGAACACUAUAGGAGUCAUUAUAUUAUUUGCAAUUCCAUCGAUAUCAAAGGUGCUCUCACAUACGAAACAAGGCAAUACGCCGUAUUUAGCAUACAUGAGAUAUUAUCGAACUAUGUUGUAUGUGAUUGAUAUGCACACGUAUAAUAUGGGUGAUCCAGAGAGCAAAUUUUACAAGGCAAUCAAAACUAUUCGCUUUAAACAUGCUUGGGGCAACAAUAAAGCGAAGAAAAAUAAUUCCGGGGCUAUCUAUCAGAAGGAUAUGGCGAUCACGCAAUUCGCUUUUAUAGGUCAUCUUCUGUGCAUGUCUGAAUCUUUCGGCGUGCACUUCAAACCAGAAGAAGAAAAGGCGUUCAUUCAUUUCUGGCGUGUAGUGGGCCACAUAUUGGGAAUUUCCGACCGAAUAAAUAUAUGCCGCAAGAGUGUUGCGGAGACGCGCGAAUUGCUCCAGAUGAUCAUAGACAAGUUUUCCGAAUAUUUAAGCGACCCAUCCCCAGAGUUUGACGAAUUGCUAGAGCCCAUGUUAAGUGGAUUGUGGUACGGCAACUUGAGUGUAAACCAAGAGACUCUACUGACGUUUACGUAUCGGUUCUACAACGUCAAACGGGAAGUACCGCUUGGCUGGUACAGCUGGCUCAAUAUGAAAUAUCACGAAAUCGUUUUCCGUUUGUUACUUGUGCCGUACAUUGGACCAAUACUGAAAAUUUUCAUCAACCAGAUUACGUUUAUGACCAUCUUCUUCGUGCGGUACCUACCCCUUAUCGCGUGGAUAUCAUUCGGAAAGAAGAAGAGUCAGAUCGUAUUAUAUCCUAAGUGAAAGAGAGAGUGAGAGAGAGAGAGAGGAAAAGGGGAGGGAGGGGCGACGAAAUGUUGACAAUGAUAGCCAAUGAUUUGGCGGCGCAUUUGUUCGGAAUAACACAAUGUAACAACGAAUCGCGCGCCAACGCGAUUUAUCGGACGAAGCUCGCAUUUGGCCGCUAAUCUGCAGCUGAAUUUUGUUAGUGGAUCCUGUUGCAUUUUCGAUAUGUUAAUAAUAUGUUAAUUUCGAUAUGUCGCUGGCCAACUUUCUAAAUAAACACUUUGCGAAAUCCGCUUCGACGAACUGACUGUUUGAAAGAGAGAGAACGUCUUCUUGGUGGUAUGUGGGAGGAAUAACGUGGGUACAAACGUUUAGUAGGGAAUAAUAUUUAGUAGGGAAUAAUAUUUAGUAGGGAAUAAUAUUUAGUAGGGAAUAGGUAGGGAAUAAGAAGGGUUUGUGAAAUUCUACGGCCAUAUCGACGAAUUUUGAUAUUCAAUGAUAUUUUGAUAUUCAAUGACAAUAAAAGAAAUAUCUAAAUUC